GCAUCGUAUUUUUGAAAGAAGAAACGUCUAUUAUGAUAUAAAUAUGAAUGAGGAUAUAAAAUUACAUUGUUUAAUAGCGGGCGGACAUUAAAAAUAUUUAUUGUAUGCAUAGAAUACCAACGAAGUGCUUAAAAACCGUAAGGACUACAUUUCAACUUUGCCAAGUUCCGGUUUUCAGUGAACAGGCAGUAAACAAAUGGCUGAUGGAGUACACAACUGACGAUGGCUGAACUGAAAUAUGACCUAGCCCUUGUCGAUACCCAAAAAGAUAAAAAGAUACAACAUCAGACAUGGUACAAGGAGAGACUAAGAACCAAGUUUAUAAAGUCACUGAAGCCAAAUGACACAUCCAAGAGCCUUGUGGGAAGGAACUGGGUGUUUCUCAAAGACGGCCUUGAUGAUUUCAGAGAUGGACUUCCUCCUGCAGUUGAAGGAGAGGUUUUUAUAAAGGCUGAGAAGGGGCCUGGUCCGAAUGUGACGGGCAGCAGCGAGAAUGUCUCUCAGGUCAAGCAGCCAGCCAUGCGGAACCGCUUCGACAAGUACCAAGUGUGUUACUCUCAGAUCACCCCCCAACAGCAGCAGAGGAGAGAACACAUCGAGGAGAUAGAGUAUGGCCUGCUGCAGCAUCCACUUGCUCUCUAUCCUCAUCUGGAGGAGAGUGUACCACCAGAGCUGUUUGAAGACAUUGUUGACAUCCUUGACCCUGAAAUGAACAUGGGGUCGGAGGAAGGGUCACUGGUCACGGAGGGGUCAGUGUCUACUCAGAGUUUACCAGAGGAAGAGCAUCCGAGGUCUGCAGAGCCAGCUACACCUGAAAGAGUGGACACAGAGCUGGAGGAGGGGGCUGUGCGGAACCCCUACCGUUGGCUGCCUCGUAAGGAAGAGAAGAAAGACAAGAGGAAAACCAACGAGAAGAGGUCCAGCUCACCCUCUCAAGAAGAGCACAUCACCAAUGUGACGACAGACUUCUGCAAUUGGGUGGCGAGUCUGGGCGGGGAAUCCAACAACAUCGAGGAGUCCACAAUCACAAGCCUGUUCGCCAGCGGCUAUGAGACCAAGCCAGCUCUGUCUGUUCCCAUACAUGUCGUGGAGCUGACCAACGUACCACAGGAGCUGAGAAUGUCAGCUGCAGCUCCUGCACAGCAGCAGACCAACAAGAACUUGCCUCAGUCUGAGGAGAAUGAGAAGAAAUGGUUGUACUCGGGAAUGUAUGAGCCCAGCUGGGUGAAAUUCAAAUACGGGGCGUGGUACCUAAACCCCAAAUCAUGGCAGAGGCGGCAGUGGGACGACCCGCUCAUUGACCCCAAGGAACUGAAGAACCAGGAGAUGUCUGAGGCCAAGAAGAAAAGCCAUGAUUUGAACCUGGAGUUAUCCCAGAUGCAUGGCUCCAAUGCUUUCAUGGAAUUCAUAGACAAGAAAAGUACAAGGAAACCUGAGUUUCUGGAGCAAGUUUCGGACAUUCAGAGGAAGCAAGCAGAGGAAGAACAGAGAAGGUUGGAGGCGGAGUUACAGGCAAAACAGAAAAGAACGUCGAACAGGAGGAAGAGUUCGGCCAAGACAUGAAGAAACCUCAACACUUUGACCAAGUAGCUGUGAUACUCUUUGUUAAACUUGCAUCUGGAAUGCAGGGAUGAGGAUUCUAUUGAAGUUUUAAAUUGAGAAGUUUUACUUUUUUUACAGCAUUAUAUAAUUUCUGUGACUUAGAAUUCCAUCAAUUGCAUUGAUGUUAGCUGUUUGUGAUAGGUAAAUAAAUCAAGAAAUAAAACAUUGUUUUUUCCUAAAUUAUUCAAUAUUGUAUGAAAUACUUAUCAUGAAUAUAUAUUUCAUUGGAUUGCACAAGGCUUUUUGUAAUGAAAAUAAUUAGUCUGAAUGACUCCAAAUCUCCAGGUUAAGGAAAUUAUUUGUAGAUAUCGACAAGGAUAUUGAUUGUAAUGUGUUUCACUUGAUUAUGUCAUUUUUUUGUUAAGUAUUCUGUUUUGUAUUAUAUGUACAUAAAAUGUGAAGAUGUCUGUAGCUGCAAGGAUGUCAUAUAAAUGCAAAUGCAUGAAAAUUU